UGAGAAUCAAAUUGCGACACCAUCCCAGAUGUCCAAAGUUAUGGAAAGCCAUGUUUCUCAACCGUAUUCCUAUUAAUCGUGUAAGCACCGUUUGCCUCAUGCUAACCAUAUCUGCAUGACGCGGCACAGGAUGCCUGGGAGAUGUACUAAAGGCCAUGGACAACCUCCAACGCAACCAAGCCUGUCCCGCAGUCCAGCAUAUAUCCACGUAUACGGUCCCACGGUAGGUGUUUACGCGGCACAUAGGUCGGAAUUCUUUUUCUACAAGCUGCCCGUUUAAGUACCCCAGCCUGCGUCAGUCCGUUUGGUACUCUGUCUCCGACAGAAGCAAUCACACGUACUUAUCAAGAACCAGCUUUUUCGACUGCCUUGCAGGAUGAAGGAGAUCGACGCGCAUUUUGAUGCUUACGAGCACCUUAAAGAACUUCCUCGGGAAGCAGAAGCCCUCCAUACGCUGCGAAAGGCUGCUUCGAUCGUGAAGCCUCUCAUGCGUAAACGAGGCUGGAAGGUUGGAACACUUUGCGAAUUCCUGCCACCAGACCCUCGACUCCAAGGACUGAAUAUCAACAAGACUGAGCGAAUAUGCAUUCGACUUCGCUUCACACCCGAUCCGCGGCAGUUCAUCCCUUUAGAAAAUGUUAUCGACACCCUCUUACACGAACUAUCCCACAUCAUCUGGGGCCCACACAAUCACAACUUCCAAACACUAUGGAACGAGCUUCGCGGCGAAUACCAAAUAUUGCGCAUGAAAGGGUACACGGGCGAAGGCUUCCUAUCCGCGGGCCGUAAACUCGGCGGUAAGCGAAUACCUAAUGACGAACUGCGCCGACAAGUUCGGGCUGCCGCUGCGGAGCGUCAGAAACAAUCCCAUGGCCGACAGGGGCAUCGAGUGGGCGGUACACCCGGAUCGAAUGUUACAGAUAUGCGAAAGGCCAUGGCCGAUGCAGCGUCCAGGCGGACAGAAAUUGCAAAAGGUUGCGCUUCGGGCACGGAAGAAGGGCAAAGGCUGGCCAAGGAUGCUUCUAAGAAUGGGUUCAGGACUAAGGCAGAGGAGGACGAUGCGAAUGAUGCAGCAAUUGCCAUUGCCCUAGUCGAGUUGUAUGAGGCCGAGGAGGGAAAUAAAUUACAGGAAGAGGAAGCAACGAUAUCCAACGAUCAAGACGGGUUGAUCUGGAGCUCCGAGUCAGGUCUCCAGGCGGGACGAAGCGCAAGCCUUGCGCUUCUGGAGCCGUUUGGGGCAACUGAAUCGGUACCAUCAACGCAGUCAGACACAAGUUCAUUACUGUUACUGCCUAUUACUCAUCAAGCCGAAACGUUGGGAGAGGGACAUGCCAGCAAUAUCUGGAGCUGUCUCAUAUGUACUCUGGAUAAUCCGAUGGACUAUUUGGCGUGCGAUGCAUGCGGAUCGGAACGACCCACCUAUAUCUCGUCCCCGAAGCAGGCCAACGGAAAGCUGGAUGCCGACCGGCAGAUGUCUAGGUUGGCAUCCACCCCUAUAAUCCCAAAGGAGAAGCCGCUAGGUUGGAACUGCUGGCAUUGCAGUGCGUUUAUGGAAUCACAAUGGUGGACAUGCUCUGCAUGUGGGACAAUGAAAGCAUCUUCAUAGGCUGAAGUAUUUCAAGCGUGCACCAGAUAUAGUCUCAUAGCGCACAGGUACCAGCAUUACGCACUACACUAGCUAGAUAUGAAGCUCUUCCCAGUC